AAGAGAUAUAUUUUCCUCUUAUUAGAAUAUACAGUGAGUGUUAAGACUGGAAAUAGAUGGGGAGCUGGGACAGAUGCGAGAGUAUGGAUCAAACUUUUCGGUACCAAAGGAGAAACAGCAUACAUGGAACUGGAUUGUGCCAAAGCACGGGGUUCGAAUAAAAAUACAAAUUGCUUUGAAAGAAAUCAGUAAGUAAUUUGCAAAUAUUAAAAUAGAUGAAACUUAACUGUGUAUUCCGUAACACUGCUAACAUGUUUUUUUCCACAAUACUUAAUGAUAGCCUUAUUUACCGUUUGUCUCACGUACGAUUGACGCUUUAUGACCAGUCGAGGUUAAGCAGCACAGUUACGUCUAACGGAAAACGCGAAUUUGUACCACGUGACCAAGUUUUCCCAUUAUUUGUCGUUUACUGUUUAUCAUUUCUACACAUAAAUUAGUAGUUUCACGCAAUUUUUUAUCCAAUAAGACUUGUUUUGAGCUGUUUUUGAGAAAUUCUCAACUGGAAUCUGACGUUUGCCGUUUGCCGUAUAUGUGAAGCUUAAACUCUCUAAUGCUGGCUUUUUUACACCUUGUUAACCGCGGCAAAGCCUGCUUGGUCAAGAUAUAUGUAUACUUUGACAAACAAUACCAAUUUUUAGCACUUAAGCACACUUUCCAACUCUGAGGGAUGGCCAGUACCUAACGCAGGCGCACAACCUUGGUUCCUGCUACAGGGAUAUCACCACGGCAGUGGCAGUCAUGGACAACUGUUUUGUCAUCGCAAUUGACACCUCUCGCCUGGGGCUGUGCGCAUAUCAUGCUGAUGAUUCCUAAUAAGGACGAAACAGCUGUCCACGGCUGUCACGGCCGGGGAGAUAUGGUUGUGCGCAUGUGUGAGGUACUGGCCAUACCGCGGAGUUGGUACAUGUGCUUCAGUACUGAAGAAGGAUAUUUUGGGCACGCUCUUUUUCACAUUAUAAACCGAGACAAAGUCGAGCUCAAUAGGCUUAGUCAAUAAAUUAUUUACGGACCAACACGGGAAAAAAAUAGGAGAGGAGAAUUACACAAGAAUUACUCGAGAGAUGGGAAUUACUCAAUUUGCCAACUGUGCAGCCAUAAAGCUUGCCUUGAGUGCACAAAUGGCGCAUUGGCAAACGACAGAUGGCUAAGAAUUGACCAAUCAGAGCGUGUUCUUUUUACCUUUCUUAAGUUAUAAAUAUUAGUUAUUUUAAAAGGUCCCUUUCAUGUGAUUUCCUUGGCCGUUGGUUCGGUCGCACUGUCGCGUGACAAUUAAAAAAAUGAGAUCAUUACUCUCCUGUGUAGGAACCCAGACAAAUUCGAAGUACAAGGGAAAGACAUAGGAAUCCCAGCACGAUUUUACCUCAAGCGCGACGAUGGUGGUAAAGGGGCAGAUUGGUACGUCGAUUGGGUAGGGAGUCUUAUAAUUAUCAUUUUAUUCAUUCAAAAUAUUUCACCGUUUCUGAUUGGCUCAAAGCUCCCGGCUAAAUCUUCAUAACCAACUGGCGUUGACCAAAUUUGGAAAAUGCGAGCAAUCGAUGGUAUAUUGACUUAGAAACGAGGUUGAUCGAUUGUAUAUUGAUUUGGAAACGUGGUUGAUCGAUUGUAUAUUGAUUUGGAAACGUGGUUGAUCGAUUGUAUAAUAAUUUGGAAACGUGAUUGAUCGAUGGUAUAUUGACUUAGAAACGAGGUUGAUCGAUUGUAUAUUGAUUUGGAAACGUGGUUGAUCGAUUGUAUAUUGAUUUGGAAACGUGUUUGCAUGGGCAAUAGACCAUCGAUCAAAAUAUUGCUCGAUGGAUAUUGUCUACUUUUUGAGGAGUAUCUACAAGAAAAACUGAUCGACCAGUUUUUAUACCCUGAAACUUUGCCGAAAAAUAGGCCAAAGUUUAGAAGAAAGUUAAGUCUACUAAGAGAUUCUUUUUUUCGUAUGAUGUGACGAAUCAUGCAAAUCUCGGGAGGGGGGAUGUUACUCAUGAUGCACGUCGACCCUCAGCCUCGGUGGAUAACAUCCUGACCUGUAUAAUUCUUCACAUUCUACUCUACAUGAUUCAAUAAUUGCUAAUUACCUUUUGGCGGCAAAGAUAACUACCUUCUUCUUGGAACCCGACUUUGAAGGACUUGUGAAAAUAGAAGUUCUCGCUCCCUCGUUCUCGCAGGCGCCGUUUAAAUGGUGUUGUUAUACUAAAGAAUUCAAUUCAUAAUUCCUUCCUUUCUUUCGUCGUCUCGAAUCCAGAUAAAUGAUCUGAGCUUAUCUAGCGUUAAAGGCUAAAGCCAUUUAAAGGUGCCAGUCAUAACUGAACGAAAGGAAUCAAAUUCUAUAUGUUUACCUUGGUGCAUGCCCGCAUUUAAUUACCCUGCAAGCAGAGUCUCCUUCGAUCUUCCUAGAAAAUAUUGGGAAGAGGAUAUUUUCUAGGAAGAUCGAAGGAGACUCUGCUCGCAGGGUAGCAUUUAAUUCCACCUGCAUUUGAAGAGACAAUUGUGAAUUUUUUGCUCACCUUAUCGAUGUUGAUUCCCUAAUUGAUUUUUUAAACUUGAAGUUUCCAGAGGUACGCACAGUUUUCUGAAUAAAACGCUAUACCUCAGCGUCGGAUUAUGAUGAUAAAGUGUCAGUUUUCUAUAAGUGUGGUCCUGAAUACACCUUAGUUUCCACCUUUUUGUUUUCAACUUUUGACAUGAACAAGUUACGGAAAAUCCGUCGACACCACUGAAAAGAGCGCCCUAAAAUUACCAAUGUUGAAAGUGAUUUGUUGACAACUAACGAAGAUACAGCUGACGUUUGUGUAACUGAUACUGCGCCCCCCGUUGAUUCAGACGUCUGUAAAUUUUCGCAACUUUGCGAGGUUACAUUUUCGCUCACUUAAGACGUAUUUCUUUCAACUUGGUAAUUUUACUUAUUUUAAGGUGUUCUUUCCAAUGGUGUUGACGGAUUUUCCUUAACUGGUCCAUGUCAAUAGUUUAAAAAAACGUGGAAAGGUCUAUUAGUCAUCAGCACACGUGCUGGUCCUUGGAUCGAGGUAAUCUGGGAGUAAUUAUAGUUUUUGCACGUUGCGGUGUAAUUUGUUUAGAAAAACUUAGAUGAAAGUAGUUAAAAUGGAGUUACAUUAGGCCAUUUCAUUGUUUCCUCUGAUUUUUGUUCAUCAUUUCCUUUAAGGGAGGUAGGGGUGUGGUCAAGAUGUGUGUACUAGCAUACAGUUUAGGCUACCUGGCCUAGAAUUUUUAAUACAACUUUUGACAAAUGAGUUUAUUAGCUGCUGUUCCAAGUUUCCGGUCAUUUCUCUGAUCUUGCAAAGUGAAAAAAAUUCCAUAUAGUUUUCUGACUCGCCACAAACUUUUGAAAGUUUUAAUUCGAGCAAGCGGGGUAUCCUAUACUGGUUGGAUCUUGCUUGAUCUCAUUAUCUACCUAGGCAGAUUGAUGGUGUCUAACUAAAUAACGCCCCUGUCCUUAUAAAAAGAAUAUUUUUUACACAUUAGAUUCAAGUAGAUGAUUUUCCCAGAGUGGAUGUUCAAAAAGAUGUUGAAAAGCCCAACCAAGUUUACUUAAGAAGUAAGUUAUGACUUAUUAAGAAGCGUAUUUUCUAGAAUGAGCGCCCACGGUCUUAUAAGCGCUCCACACCGAAUAAGCGCCCGCGGUCUUAUAAGCGUUCCGCACCGAAUAAGCGCCCUUGAACUAAGCCAAAAUAUCAAUUAAGCGCCCCCUCUCCCCCCACCCCCGAUCACUUUCUUUAAAAGUAUAACGUAGGAACACAGGAGGAAAAACCUGUUUCUAUUGUCUGUUUCUGUGUAUAAAUCGUAUAAUAAGACUGGAAUGUCCCAAAAGAAGAACUUAUUAAGGGCCCCUCUUGAUUAAGUGUCCAUCCUUUGAGCCGAAAUUUUGAAUAAGCACCCAGGCGCUAAAGCUCGUAAAAUUUACUUAUUCGGCUGCAAAUUCUGCUUAGUAACUGUAUUUUCACAAACAUGGAAUGAAGCAGCGACGUUUAGCAAAUUAAUUAAAAUUAAUCUUACUUUGUUUAAUGUCAAUAUGUUCACACGCCGACACGAAAAUCAUACCGGAUAGAGUGUCUGUUCACACACAUUGGAACGGUUGCAGCGGGGCGAUUUCGGUGACGGAGCGAAGCUGCGCCUCGUUGAUCUCGAAAGUGAAGCGUUCCAUAUCGGAUAGAUUCUGUGCCAUACUUUGGUGCCGUGUCAAAAGGCCCGUUGCGGAAGUAAACAGGCUGAUUUAGCAACAGGACGGGAACGUCAGUUGACGAAAGGACUAAACACGACUUCCGGUGCUCAAUUUGCCGCUAUGCCAUUGGUCAAGCCAGUUGUUUGAUUUGCGCGCGCCAUCGUCAACUGACGUUCCCGUUCUGUUGUAAAAUCAGCCUAAUAAGUUGGAGCGAGGACUGGAACCCUCUAAAACGGAGGUAAAUAUUCAGGAUUCAGGACUGGAAUUCUUCCGUACAGCGGGUACGAUGUUCCAGGUAUGUGAACGACUUGUGUCACCUCUUGUCACUGCUGUUCACACUACACUAGACAGCUUAUAUCGUGCGUGGAGCCACGAAAGGUGCGGUCUUAAACAACGAGUAAACGAAGCCCAAAGGGAGGCACAAAAUUGCAGUCUAUUUAACAAAAUUCCCAUUCAAGCCCAGGACGGUCUCCCAAGGUUCCUUCUUUAUGUUUCAUAAUGCAGGUGUUUUAGUUCCGUACUGUUAUUGUAUUUUUUGCGCUUUAUUGUUUUUGCUUUAUCAACUGAGAUUUUGCUAUAAUUCCUGGCGGGCAUACCGUAGACUGCUUCUUGCCCCUAACCCCCCUCCCCCCCUCCCCCAUAGUUAUAGGUCCGUUGUACCUGCCGAGACGCAUCUCUUGGUUCACAUAUUCACGUGGUUUUUAUAAGGCGAAACGCCCCGCCAGAGAUACUCUACUAUUGUGACAAGUUGUUACAGGAAGUCUCUAGUUUGAAGUUGUUAAAUUCCAUUGUUUCAGACUAUCGUAAUUGCAAAACAGAGAUAAAAAACUUGGUUUGAAACCAAAUGACAAUUUCAUGUCAUCAAAUUAAGACAGUUUUUCCCCUUUUUAGCUUUUUGCAAACGUCCUGACAACGGCAAGUUUGAAUCCUGGUAUUCCGACGAAUUGACUGCUAAAAACGCCAUUACAGCCUUUGCGGAUGCGGACAAGACUGCAGGUCAGAGCCGAAAUUAUAGAGUCAUUACACACAACAUGCCCCUCACACAGAGACAUAAAUAUUAGAUUAUUAUUAUCCUUUUAUUGAGGAAAGUCUAGAGGAAACAUUAAAAGAGUAACAUUGUCUUAUGGCAAGAAAGGAUAAUCUAGAUUUAUUCCCUGACUUGCAUGCUUAUGGAGAAUGUUCUGCCUCAUAUAUACUUUUGAGGAAUGUUUAACGAACGAGGGGAAAUUUUUUGGCCCGUUGAAAAACUCAGUACAAUUGAAAUUAGAGUUUGUUUCCAUGGGGUGACAACUACAUUUUCUCUUUUUCCCUUCCCCUCUUUUUAUCCAUUUAUUUAUUUAUUUUAUUUCUCUCUGGCCGCGACCUGUUGGCCAGAACCUCUUUAGAACCUCUAGUUUGAUGGGUUCUUGUUGGCCCGAAGCUCUACUGAGGGGGGUUGUUUCAGAGUUGGGGUUCAUUCUUAGUUUUGUUCUGGUUAGGGCUAUGUAUUGUUUUCUAAACCAAUCCUGUGAGUCGUUCAUUCAGCUUCCGGCCCACCCGCUGAGACCGUGAGGAAAUAGACCUUUGUCAGGCAGCGGCCAUUUUGUCUCGGGAGAUUUUAUAAGCUUUGUUUAUGCACGGCUGGCCUCGUUCUCUCUUCGAGGCUACCCGUGCAUAGACAAAGCUUUUUAACUCUCCUGAGACAAAAUAGCCGCCGCAUGACAAAGUCAUAUGGCGUUGUAAAUGUUCAGUUUUUCUUUGCAAGCAUUCUUUCCCUCUGAAGCAAAACGUUUCUAACGUAAACGUUGAGUAUCAUAGUGUUAACGUUAGCGGAGGGGUUUCUACAACACUAUAGUGAUCAGCGUAUAGAGCGGUUUUCAUUUGAGUGUCGAAAAGUAAUUGGUUUUGCACUUUCUACACGACGCGAUUGGCUUAAAAGAUUCGCGCCACCUUUUCAUCCAAUCAGAAGUAAAACCAAAGCCAAUUGUGACGCGCUNGUUGAGUAUCAUAGUGUUAACGUUAGCGGAGGGGUUUCUACAACACUAUAGUGAUCAGCGUAUAUUCCAAUUGUUCAGGGAUUAGAUUAUUUCCCUUUUAAUAUUGAGUCAGUUCUGCCGGAAUAUUCCUUGAAUACAGUGAAGAAUGCAGACCCUCCCUUCAAAUUAUUCAAUCAUGAAUUUAAAAUGAUCCUUGUGUCAUCGUCUUCUUUCAAUUUGGAAACAAUCCGUUACAUAUAUAAUUGAGACUUCUUGUCUGUAUUCGUGUUGUUUGAAUUUUUCCUUCACCUUUUACUUUUCCCUUUCUUUUGGUUUUUUCUUUUUUAACAGGUAUGAGGAGAGUUACAGGCCGGUUCAGCGUUAACUGAUUUGGAAUUAAAAGUGGUGGUCAUUUUCAUCGUCCGCCGGUCAUAGCUUUGGGGAAAAGUUAAUUGGAUCUUUUUAUUCAAUGGAUAAUGUGAAUUAAAAUUGUACUUACAAACCUGACUCAAUAAAAUUCAGCUCGGUAGCAAUCCUAGCGGAGAAAGUUUGUCUUACCCACCCCUCUCUUGUAUUUUAUCUAUAGAGUUUUUGUUUUACGUGCAAAAGUUAUUACAGUCAACCCAAGUCAAGCGUACCCCCCAAGAUUACAUAAAUGAAUUUAUUAUUCGAAAGUUGAAUCCGUUGGUAGUUGUAGAUUCCAGAUUCAUGUCUGCAUUCUUGCAUGAGUAAUAAGCCGUGAAUUCACAGGCGAUUCAGUUACGAAAUUUCUACCAGCUAAGUUUUCCUGAAUUUGACGUAAAUGUCUUCUAUGAAAUUUAACCCAUUUAAAGAUUUUCAAUCUGACCAAAUACAGAGAAGUUCUCGUGAAAUAUUCACUGCUCAGUACGCAUGCAGGAAUGCCGAUUUGAAUUUAACACUAGUUACCGCGCGCGGAACGACUAACGGAUUCAUUUUUCAAAUAAUCAAUUCAUUAAUAGAAUCUUAGAGGGGGAGGCUUGACCUGCCUCGACUGUAAAAACGCCGUAGAUAAAGCUGAGAGUUGAUUGUCAUUAAGAACGGUCUUUUUCAUGGCAUUGACUUUCUCAGGGAGAGCAGGCUUCACUCCUUUAUAAUUUUAAAAAAGGAAUCAGAGUAAUCAAUGGGGGUAUCAGCUUGCUGAAAGAUGAUAAAAAUCACGACGCUUGAGACCAAGAUCAUUUCACUUUAGAUUUGCUUGAAACUUUUUCAGUGCAGUAUAAUUAAGGUCAAUUUGCAUCAACUGUAUUGAUUUCAACAAACGCAGGCUUAUAACUUGGGAAUUUCUUUUCUGGAUGAUAUCGUUUUUCUUCUUUUUAUAUAAGUGUCACUGAAUUAAAAUCAUCAUCUGAUUUCGAUUCAGUUAAUAAAAUUGAGGGAGACAACGAGUAAUUCAGUAUAUAAUAGUUUAAGAAUGCGAAAGAUAUUUGAAUUUGUAAGUGACUGUGACGUCACAUCAUGUCGCAAGUCCACCAUUACGAAUCUUGAGCUGCCUGUGAUGGUAGAUGUAACCACCUUCUGAUGCCAGAGACAAAUUUUGUUGUAUCAUAUUAAUUUUAAAACUUAACAAGAAAGGCUAAAUAAGAUUACGUACACGUUCCAGUUACCAAAAUUGGGUGGGGAAACAGGAAUAAAAAAGACAUUUUCCAAGUGAAGAAGGAAGUGUUCGGCAAUACGAAUACCGAAUGGAUUAAACCAGCCCUUCCCUUCCCCAGCUGGAAUAAACUCUAGAAAUGACAUGAUUUCGCAUUUUAUAUGUGCUUUGCGAUAUCUAGAAAUGUGCUUGAAAUAAAAUAUUUCGAUGUAUGUUAUGUUUAAAUGGUCCCAAAAAUAAUUCUAAAAUUAAUUCUUAUAACAUUUGUAAAAAAACUUGCAGGUCAUUUUUGUUUAAACGUUUCAUAGUCACAUAGAUUUUAAGCAGGAGUCCUGUGUAUUUAACAAUUAUUCCUCGAGCCCGAAUAGGCUCUGAGUCAAUAGCCCAGGAGGCCGAAGGCCGAAUGGGCUAUUGACUCAGAGGCCAUCAGGGCGAGUUGGUCAAAAAUAUCGAGAAUAAAGAAAUUUUAGCUAGUUAAAGCUAGACUUUAAUCCUUUUUUGCCGCCAAAAAGCCCGCGCUUUUCACUACUAGUGGGCUAUAGCAUAUAGCCUAGUAGUAGCUCAACCAAUCAGAACGCAGCAUUGAUAAUAGACCACUAGUUGGAUUUUACCAAUCAAGAAUAGUUUCAAAUAUUGAUAUUUUUCAACAUAAUCAUUUAAAUCAAUAAAGAUAGGAUUAUGCGAGGGGAGCCAAGGUAUAACAAAGAGCAGUGGGAAGCUUUUAAUCAAAAAGUUAGGAAUUGUGAACUAGUAAGCUAAAUUAAAUUUCAAAAAGGUGCUAUUUAACUCCUCAAAGGAUCAAAUUCAACCGGUUGCACCUGUCUUUGUGUUUUAUUCUUUUUAACAGUACAGAUUGUAUUCAGUUUUUAACAAAGUAGAAUUACCCCUUGAACUCGGUCUUUGCAUCAAUCUAUCUGAAUUUGGCUGAUCAAGAAAGACUUCCGAUCUAAUUUAUUUACUCUAUCUCCAUGGUUUCAAGUAACAAGCUUGAUUUUGGGGGAGAAACUGAAAGCGUUGGUGACAUCUCUCUAUUUUUGGAAAUGAUUACAUUGUCAGGUGCACUAUAAAAGAAAUAUUUCGUGUAUUCAUAUUCAUGUAUAUUAUAAAUUAGUUAUNAGCUUUUAAUCAAAAAGUUAGGAAUUGUGAACUAGUAAGCUAAAUUAAAUUUCAAAAAGGUGCUAUUUAACUCCUCAAAGGAUCAAAUUCAACCGGUUGCACCUGUCUUUGUGUUUUAUUCUUUUUAACAGUACAGAUUGUAUUCAGUUUUUAACAAAGUAGAAUUACCCCUUGAACUCGGUCUUUGCAUCAAUCUAUCUGAAUUUGGCUGAUCAAGAAAGACUUCCGAUCUAAUUUAUUUACUCUAUCUCCAUGGUUUCAAGUAACAAGCUUGAUUUUGGGGGAGAAACUGAAAGCGUUGGUGACAUCUCUCUAUUUUUGGAAAUGAUUACAUUGUCAGGUGCACUAUAAAAGAAAUAUUUCGUGUAUUCAUAUUCAUGUAUAUUAUAAAUUAGUUAUCGACUCCAAAGCCUCCAGCGUAUUUCGAUGUAAAACAAAAAGUUGUAAUAAUGUCAGUUAGAUUGUAAAACACCUGACAAUUGAAUUGUUGUUAUGGGCAACCGCACGUAUAUACGGUGACAUUUAGAUUUUUCCACGCCUUAGUCUUUCUAGAAAAAAAUCUUAGAAAAGUUUAUAUAAUGAGCAAACGGAAAACAUCUUGAAUUAUCUGACGCGGUAGCGCAAAUGGCAUAUUAACAAAGUUCAAAUAGUUAUUGUCGUGUCAAAGUACAGCACGUUGACGUGAGACAGGUGUAAAAUAGAUUUGAGUGGGCGUUGCAUUCAUUAUUGUUUUAUGUAGCUCACUGACAACCACAAAUUUCCAAUAUCAUUGUAAUCCAUUGCUCUACUUCAAGUAAAACGAUUAAGAAAGCUUGAUAGAUACGGCCUCAAAAGCUUGAAAUAACGCCAAUUAUACUUUGCAACGGAUGCAGAUUAUCUGGAUUUCUUUUGUAGAAGGUGUUCAAAAUUACCACGAUCAAUACAUUUAGCAAUAUCGAAGUUGAAAUAGGUAAGUGACUUCAGUCGUUAUUUGCAAAGUCUGGUCCUUUACUUAUCUUCUCUUGCAUGGAAACAUUGAAUGCAUAUAUACAGUUUGUGUUUGAAAACAACUCUGUUGGUGUAAGUUCGAAGAGGUUCCCCUGUCACUUGUAUAGUGCUCAACACAAUUACUUCAGGGCCUUUUACCGGGUUAAGGGAGCACGGUGGCCCUGGAAGGAAAAAUUCUGACUAAAUAAGUUAUCAUAAAAUCACAUGUCUAGGCCGGAUUUCCACAGCUCUCUCAGGACACUAAAUCCAAAUAAGUUUAAUAUAAAAAAUUUUUUCUUAAUCAGAGGAUAAAACUAGAUCGCUUUUUUGUCGUUUUUGUGACGUUUAUAGCAAGGAAAUGCUUGUUUGUAAAAAAUGUUUCUUUAGAAAUAUUUAUAAAUUUAAACUGAUGUACACCCAAAUUGAAUGCAUGUUUUUCUUCUUGUAUCGCCGAGCUAACUAGCAAGUGAAGGUCUAGUUGUUAAGAAACUCACGUUUUUACUGUGUUUUAAAUUAACUUUUAAUUCCACUGAGGUGUUUUAUUGAAAAACUUAAUUACGAGGAGCCUAUAAUCACUCGACUGUAUAGAUUGUUCACAUAUAAUCAGAGUUGAUGGUCUCUCAUUCCCCAUCCUUAAUCGUGUCAUUAUUUCAUCUGAUCUGGUUCAAUUCUUUGAUAAAAUGUAGGCGAAAAUUACUGAAGUUUAAUCCGUUAAGGACAGUGUAUGAGUUCAGAAACGUGAAAGGAAAUCGUAACGUUGUUGUGUACGGUUGUUUAAUGUAUGAAGGUAAUCAAAUUUUACGUUAAGAUAUUGGCUGCAGUCACUUACAUUAUGCUGCCGUCACAGUGUGACGGCAACAUAAUGUAACAUGAAAUUGUGUGAUGCAUGGGAAAAAUUGUUUGUUUCGUUUGUUAAACCUGACCCUCCAGCCUCCCAUUGCCGCUUCCAUCGCGGCCGCGUGAUUAUGGAAAUUUCAACUCAUGCACUGCGGAGUACUUACGCCCCACUAUUACGGGACAUUUUUCUCAUACAUAGAUCAGCAGAAUCCCCGAGGAAAAUUUCAGACAUUUGACUGGCAUAAACUCUCGUAUAUAGAUAGGGACUUACAGACACUCGUUGAAGUCCGGCAAAGAUUCAAAUUUAUUCUGAUCUAACUCUUUUUGUAAUCGACACCUGUUAUUUGUAAUUUUGUAAAUUGUUUGGUUGAAUUAAAUUUAUAAUUUUUUUCGCUGCUCAAUCCAUCAAAUGUAGUUCGGGUGUUUCCAUCGAGCAAUAUAAAAAAGCAAAAAUUAAUGAAAUUAAUGAGAUAAACCUGUUUUGUGGGAGCAAAGAUUUUAUCAAAUGAGGUGCUCCGGUAGGGAGACAGAGAAGCUGACAUUUUGAGUGCUAUCUUUAAUCGCUCUGACAAAGGACUAGCACUCAAAACAAGUUUCUCUCAGGGUCUGGAAGGAUUUUCCUGGGAUGCGGGAUUAAGUAAUUUUGAUUUUCAGUGGACAAAAAUCUUGUACCAGAAUAAUUUAAAGAAUAUUUCAUUCUCUCUUACAUUUUUCAAGGGCUAAAGAUGUAAUAAAACAUCUGUAGUGACGCUAAAAAAAAUUAUCAUGGGAGCCAGAGAAAAUAAAUGUCAAAUUUCACAGAAUUUAAAUCUUACACUUGAAAUUUUCAGAAUUUUAACUGUGUAAUCACAAUUAUUGUGAAAUUUGACAUUCAUUUUCUCGGACUUCCAUGAGAAAUUUUUUUUGGUGUUACUACAGAUAAUAUAUUACAUCUUAAGCCCUUGAAAAAUGUAAAAAAGAAUGCAAUAUUCUUUAAACUAUUCUGGUACAAGGUUUUUGUCCACUGAAAAUUAAAAUUACUCAUUCCUGGUGGAUUCCGUCUUAAUCAAGAGACUAUAAAGGGGACAGAGAGGCCAUCCCCCAUAUACACCCUAUUCCAUAGGUAAUUCGUCUCGAGUUAUUUUUAGAAUCGGGAUAAAGUUACCUCGCGCGAGGCGUGGAUGUUUCGUGGAGGUUUCGCAUGACCAAACGCCGUGCAAAACAUGUCGGGCGAGAGGCAAUGAAAGCGUAAAAAGAUCGAGAGCAUUCCUGAAUAUUGAAGCGAAAUGAGUCGGCGCUCACCUGGGAAAAAGGAAUCGCUGGACUCUUUGACAACCCGUGAAAUCAGUUUAACUCGAAGUUGUCGUAACCUCAGUGCUUUAAUAAAAUGAGAAAUUUCGCCGGUCUAUUGAAACCGGUCGUUUGUACAAUUUAGGGAGUUUAAGAUCCAACGACGCGGACGACAACUAGAACGUCAAAAAAACAAUAGGUUUAAUUAGCAAAACAACAACUUCGCACGUGCAACACACUUUUUUGUUCAUUUCUUUCCCGUUUUUGCACGACUACGACGUGAAAAUGCCUAAUUUCGCGUUUUAUGGAGGACGUAAAUAAGCAACGACGAAAUUUUAUUUCUCUUUCUGAGCUUGAAUAUGGUCCCUUGAAAUUCAGCUUUAGGAGGGUUCGCCUACAAUUGACAAAGUAAGUGGGUAGGAAUAAUCGCUAUAAAGACUGAAAAAAAUAAACAUCUAACCAGAAAUUGCUCUCUUCAAACUGUAAAUUAUAAAUGAUCCUGAGAGAAUAUUCAGUGUGUUAAGGAUUUCCCUGCUCUACUGUUAGCUCUAUACAAGAGAGGAAGGGCGAUUCUUUUUUAAUUUCGGUUUCGCUGACACAGCUUUCGCAGAAAUCUCACUGUAGUCGUUUUCGUCGACCAAAGGAAUAGCAAAAUCGCUCUCCGCGUCUUCCCCCAUUUUGUUCUGCGUCAUUUCGUGAAGGACGCGUGGCUCUCAGCGUGGGUCAUCCACGCGGAACACAUUCGCGCUAUGUGAUUGGCUGUUGUCUAAUCCCCCUUUAGAUCUGUGGUGUUAAAAAUAACUCGAGACGAAUUACCUAUGGAAUAGGGUGUAUAUGGGGGAUGCCCUCUCUGUCCCCUUUAUAGUCUCUUGGUCUUAAUGCUUCAAUUUAUAACCAUCGUAGUAGAAUUAAAGUUGUGUCAAGAAAUAAUUUGUCCAUUGUAAAAAUGCGUAAUUCUAAGAAAGCUCCAGAUGUACACGUAACUUUAAUAAAUAAAUAAUGCACCCGCCCAAAAUUAAAUUGCGCGCGCACACGUACCAAGAUACAACUGAAAUAAAAAUCCAAGUAAUAAAUGAUCAAAGUAAGGAACACACGUCCAAAAGCGGGCAAUGCCUCAUGCGUCAACCAUUAUAAUAUUGUUUCAAUGUUUUUCAUUUUCUGCUUUUUUUAGCACUCUUGACUACAAAGUGCUCCUGUUUGUUUAUCAACUUGACGUUUUACGUGAACGAGCUGGAGAUUAAAAAGGUACUGAAGAUGUCUUCAGUAGAUGGAACUCAGCUGGAUGAACGCGCAGCACUAGUGGAGGAGUUGGCGACAAGAAGUACAGCGGUGAUUAUCAUCGAAGUAAUUUCAGUAAUUGUAAUAGGCCUGAUUGGUUUUUGCGGAAAUCUUUUAAUUGUCAUAGUAAUAUUCAAGACUUCUUCACUAAGGACAACGUCAAAUUACUACAUAGUUUCCCUGAGCGUGAUAGACUGGUUCAUUUCUCUGUUCACGUUGUUGUUCGUUCCUGUGGUAGGUAUCGAAGGGAGUUGGCCAUUUAACGCUUCUACUUGCCAGUUUCAAGGGUUCGCAACAGCUAUGCUGGCGACAGCUUCAAUUUAUACCAUGACAUUAAUAUCGGUAAAUCGAUACUUCGUCAUGUUCACAUUAAACCUCCAUCGGACUCGCUUCACAAAGAAAAACGUUUGCAUUUCCAUUAUCUCUGCGUGGAUCUUGGCUUGUAACUUUCCCUUGUCGUACGUCCUUCAAGGUCACAGGUUCUACUUUCAUCCUGGUAAAGCCAUCUGUAUCUUCGAUGUAAACAAGUUAAAAAUUCCUCAUGCAGCUCUAACUGCUCUUCUUAACGUGCUAUUCCCAUAUAUGAUCAUUUCUUUCUGCUAUUUCAAGAUUUACCUCAAAUUGAAGCGACACAAUGCCCAACUAAGGCAUAAAGGUGGGUCACCAGUGUCCAGAAAUGCACCACGGCGAAUCUCGGUAAAAGAAAUAAGAAUCACUAAAAUAUUGUUUGCAAUAAUCUUAGCCUUUACAGUUUGCUGGUUCCCCUUUGUUAUCAUCGACGUACUUGGAUUAGUAUAUGGACCAUUUUUUGCCCCGCGUCAGGUGUAUGUAUUUUACAGUUUCAUGGCUGGAAGCUCUGCGUCAUUUAGCCCAAUAAUUUACGGAACUUUAAACAAAGACGUUAGAAGAGAAAUUAUCAAGUUGUUGAAAAAAUUGCAGUGUUCUUCUAAGAUUACGCCUAUAGUUAACCAUGGCCGUCCACUAGGAAAUAUGGGUCCACGAUGA